AUGUCAUCAUCAGCAGACCAAUCACCCAUGGAUGAAUCAUCAACAACACCCACCAACGAGGAGGAAUAUUUCGACGAGCAACCUCCAGUGGAAGAGAAGAAACCAAAAUCAAAGCCAAAGCCUUUAAAGAACAAGUGGAGAUUUUGGCACGAGAAAGUAACAACAGGAGAUGCUUGGAAGAGUCUAGAACACUUGAGUGAGUUGUGUGAAUUCGGGACCAUUCAAGAGUUUUGGAGCUGUUUUAAUAAUUUGCCAGAUCUUUCUCAUCUCAAGGUGAAAGAAUCAUUCCACUUGAUGAAGAAUUUGAAUGAAUCAACGGACGUAACAACCAAAGUCCAACAUUUAAAGAUUGCACCAGCUUGGGAGGACCCAUAUAAUGUGAAUGGUGGAGAAUGGGUGUUCCGUAUCUCGAAAGAUGUUUCUGAUGUUGUGUGGAGAGAGUUGGUGCUAGCUGUUAUUGGAGAACAAUAUCAUUCUGUUUUGCAACCUGGUGAUGAAAUUUGUGGAUUGAGCGUUUCUCAGAGACCUACCGACAAUGUGUUUAAGAUUUGGAACAAAAUUGUAGGAACUGAAGAAGACCAGAAGAAAAUUUAUACCAGGACCAUUGAAGUUUUGAGUGAGCAAAUUAAGAAUAUUGCUGACAGUAUACAGACACCAUACUACAAGAAGCAUAAAGAAUAA